GUGCCCCCGGCCAGACCGUGGGGUCGCGCCUUGCUUGAGGAGGGUGGGGUGGGGAGAGGGGUACAAGUAUAAUAAAUGAAAAGCCCCUCUCGGGUUCCUGGAAGAUUUGGAGAAGAAAGGAAAGGAACCUCACACUUUCGAGGCUGUGACUCUCCCCCUUGAUUCAGGUGGUUCAGUUCAAAAAGAACCUGGCAGCCAUCAAGGACAGCCUUCUGAACCUGAUGGAGGAGAAGACGGCGAAAGCAGAAGGGCAAAACCUGGUUGGCCAAGAGGCCGGAGAGAGGCCUCAUGGAAUCCAGGAAGGGGCCUAUGUAGAGCGGUGGAAGAGGAGCGAGAACCUGGACGGAGGCAGUGCAGAUGCAGAGCGCCAGAGCUUCAGGGCCUUCAGCUACCAGGAGGCCAAGGGGCCGCGGGAGCUCUGCAGCCAUCUCUACCACCUUUGCUGCCAGUGGCUGAAGCCUGACAGGCACACAAAAGCUCAGGUGCUUGACCUGGUGAUCCUGGAGCAGUUUCUGACUGUCCUGCCUCCGGAGAUGGAGAACUGGGUCAGGGAAUGUGGGCCGGAGACCAGUUCUCAAGCGGUGGCCCUGGCGGAAGGGUUCCUCCUGAGCCAGGCAGAGGGUGGAAAGCAGAAAAGCUUGCAGGUGCAGCAGACAGUCGCCCAGGCAGCCGUGCCUUCCCCUGUGACAGAAGAAGCUCUGUUGGGCAGCAUGCGGAAGCCGUUUUUCCGGUGGAUUGUGCAAGAGGGUGAUGGAGGAACUGUCUUGCUGGGUGGCGGGAUUGCCCCAAUGUUCCCUUCCAGGCUUUCUCUUGGCAGAACGGACUUUGUCGCUGCACAGACAGAUCAGGGCCUGGUGACCUUUGAGGAUGUGGCUGUGAGCUUUACACAGGAGGAGUGGGCGCUGCUGGAUCCGGGCCAGAAGGCUUUGCAUGGGGAAGUCAUGGCUGAGAAUUAUGGGAACCUGGUUGCUUUGGAAGGCUCCCUGAUCUCAGAAUCUGACCUCCUGCCUGGGCUUGAAGAAGACGAAGGCCUGCCUGUCCAGGACCGGUUUUCCGUGAGGGAUGUGUGGGAGACAGUGAAUGGAAGGGAAGGACAUCAAGUGUUGGAAGAAACCAAUCAAUUUCCAGGCAUAGUAGAGAAUAGUGGAAAUCAAGACAUACUGGGCAGGGCAAAUGGCAACCAAACCAGUACCAAGAGGAUUAAUGGCAUUGCACUCAAAGGAGAGAGAAAGAAUGAGUGUCAUGUGUGUGGAAAAAGGUUUGCUCGUAAAACAACCCUUGAAAAUCAUUGGAAAACCCACGCAGGUGAGAAACCAUAUGAAUGCUUUUCUCAGAACACAGGCGUGAUCGCCCAUCCAGCUCAUGCAAAGGAGAAAACAUUUAAAUGCCUAGAGUGUGGAAAGAGUUUCAGUCGGAGUGGGAAGCUUACUUCUCAUCAAAGGAGUCACACAGGAGAGAAACCCUUUAAAUGCCCAGAGUGUGGAAAGAGCUUCAGUCAGAGGACAAAUCUUACCACUCAUCGGAAAAUUCAUGCAGAGGAGAAACCAUUUAAGUGCCUGGAAUGUGGAAAAAGUUUCAGUCAGAGAACCCAUCUUACUACACAUCAGAGAAUUCACACAGAGGAGAAACCGUUCAAAUGUCAAGAGUGUGGAAAGAGCUUCAAUCAGAGAACAAACCUUAAUACUCAUCAGAGAAUUCAUACAGAGGAGAAGCCAUUUCAAUGCCUGGAAUGUGGAAAGGGCUUUAGUCAGAGGACACACCUUACUACUCAUCAGAGAAUUCACACAGAGGAAAAACCAUAUGCCUGCCUGGAGUGUGGAAAAAGCUUCACUCAGAGGAUACAUCUGUCAACUCAUCAGAGAAUUCAUACAGAGGAAAAACCAUUUAAAUGCUUGGAGUGUGGAAAGAGAUUCAACCAAAGGACAAAUCUUACUACACAUCAGAGAAUUCAUACAGAAGAGAAACCAUUUCACUGCCUUGAGUGUGGAAAGAGCUUCAGUCAGAGCUCAAGCCUUACUUUACAUCUCAGAAUUCACACAGGGAAGAAACUAUUUAAAUGCUUAGAGUGUGGAAAGGGCUUCACUGAUUGUAAAAGCCUUAAUUCACAUGCAAGGAUUCAUACGGUUCAUAUAGGAGAAAAACCAUAUAAAUGCCUGGAGUGUGGAAAGAGCUUCCGUCAGAGAAGGCAACUUACCUCCCAUCAAGGAAUCCACACAGGGGAGAGACCUUUUAAAUGUCUAGAGUGUGGCAAGAGCUUCCGGCAGAGUGGAAAACUUAUUUCUCAUCUAAGAAUCCACACAGGAGAGAAACCAUUUAAAUGUCUGGAGUGUGGGAAGAGCUUCAGUCGCAUAGAUGCCCUUACUACACACCAAAGAAUCCACACAGGGGAGAAGCCAUUGAAAUGCAUACAGCGGGGAUGGGGAAGCUGUGCUUCCUCAGGCGUUGGACUCCAGUUCUCGUCUACGCCAGCAAGCAUGGCCCAUGGUCAGUGAUGAUGGAAAUGGCUGGACUGCGAUAUCUGCUGAGUCACAACUUUCCCAUGCCUGGUCUAUAGGAGUGAAGAAGCAUCUGUCAGUACCAAAACUUGCUAUGCAUCAGAGAACACACAUACGAGUAGGAGAGAAACCACUAAAAUGCAGUUAGAUGGUUUAGUAAACUUAAGAGAAGUCAUUCCAGAAGCAAUUGUGUAAAUACUUGGAGGGUGGAAAGGACUACAGAGAAGUCAUGCUACACAAAAUGGGUGGGCAACUAUUUUUCUGUAGAAGACUGCCUUUCCUCAAAACAUCAUCCAUCCAGGACACCUGAUGGUCAUGGAUGGGAUUCAGACCAUUGCUGGGCAAACCAUAGCUAAGAGUGGGUAGGUCACAUUCAUGCCCUUCCCCACUCCCUCUCCCUCUCCCCCCCCCCCUUCCCUUCCCUCCCUCCCCCCCCCCCCCCCGCCCCAGUUGGCAAUCAGGGAAAGUACAGCUUGCUUUUUGCAGAGAUCUGAACUGAUGUGGAGGUUUUCUUAGAUGUCACCAAGGUCCACAAGCUGCCAGCCUUCUUAUACAGCAAGAAAUACCUAGCUGAGAUAAACCAUUAACAUAUUUGCAAGUUUGUAAAUGUUUCUGUAAAUUGGGUAGUACACAAAGAAAUACAAUAAUCUUGUUUUCCCCCUUAUAGUUUCAAUAGGUCAGAAUUGAUUGAAGAUGAUAAAAUGGACUUGAAUGCUCCCUUAUCAGAGGUCCACUGGGUGACUUUGGGCCAGUUGCUGCCUCUCAGACCAACCUACCUCACAGGGUUGUUGUGAGGAUAAGAUUGAGAGAAGGCAGUGUAUGUAAACCACCUUGAGCUCCUUGCAGGAAGUAUGUUGGGAUAGAAAUAUGAUAAAUAAAUAGCAAUAGGGGCUAAAAAGAACAACGCCAAAAUGUUUGAAAUUUAAUGAGUCUCCUCCAAUUGGAUUCCCAGCUGAACUGUAUAUGUUUUGUUCUGGUGCUUUACCUUUUGUUUCUGUUUACCUUUGACUGGCAAAGACAUUUUUUUUCUCAAGACAAGUCUUUUGGCUUUUAAGCAGACUUAUUUGUGGAAGUUUUAAUCUGGUAGGCACUGUUCCUUACUAUUCUGAGUUGAUGUGUUCUUAUGCUUUGAUUAUGGUAUUGUAUUUUAUCUGGAUUUUAUUGCUAGAACAUACUUUAGUGGAAAGGCAGGAUAAAAAUGUAAUGGAUGCCAACUCAACUAGCGUUAUUCAUAAUAGUCAUAAUAGAAAAUACCAAGUUUCUUUUACUUACUGAUUUUUGUGUAGACUUUAAAUUGGAAUCAGUUGUCCUCAGCUUUUGGUAGAGUGAAAUAGCUAUUUGUUUGUUUUUGUUUUAACCUAUUUAACCUUUUAGCAAAUGAAUAAUUUUUUAAAAAAUAAAAAAUUGAUAUUUCCA